AAAGCGUACGCGCACAAGGCGCGGACGCUGUUAUUUAAUCUCAAGGACUCGCGCAAUGUCGAUCUGCGCAACCGCCUGGUGUCGGGCGAGCUGCCCUCGCACAGCCUCGUGCGCAUGAACGGCCGCGACAUGGCCAACCCGCAGCUGGUGCGCCAGCGCAAGGAGUGGAUCAGGAAGCGCACGCACGAGGUGAUGCGGGACGGCCGCGAGGCCGAGGGCUUCGAGUCGGACCUGUUCGAGUGCCGCAACUGUGGCAGCUCGCGCACGCGCUAUCGCCAGUGGCGCCGCAAGGCCGUGGUGGAUCGCACGCGGAUUAUCGUCAUUUGCCUCCGUUGCCCGAACCGAUGGGAGCUCUAG